AUGUUUUGCCGGAUCAAAGCGGAUAAUGUUAUCUGGGAAACCAAAGAUCCUACCAAGUAUGCAUCCAAGGUUUUCACUGAUAGAAGUGCCAAAAACGCAAGUGUAUACUUGAUGGACGGUAAGAUCUUACACUUCGAAAAGGGUCCUUAUGGUGGAUGGCUCCCGGCUUCUAACAAAAUAACCCUUGACCUGGGUAAGACCUCCAGCACCAUUGGGUUUGACUUUAACCAUGAUGGUGAGAGGAGGACUUUUACUGCAAAGCCUGGAUUCUUAUUUAGCCAAGUAAUCCUCAGUGGAUGUACUGGAGGUAAUACUUUUUGGGAUGCAAAAACUGACGACCAGUGUUCGACCAAGGUCAUAGUCUAUGGUGUAGAGUCAAGUAUUAAUAACUUUAACAUAUUCCUCAAUAAUGAUAAAGUUAUACACUCCCAUAGGGUAGGAACUAAUUGGAUCUCAAAAACUGGUUUUGUUCUUGAUAUCAACACCAAUUCGAAUAGUGAUCUGUUUGAUUAUAGGUCCACCAGAGGAUUCGGCCACUUCAAUCCCAAGGCCAAUUUGAAGAUCACUAGGAUUGUGAAGAAAGGGCUUAGGAUCUGGGAUGCGAAAGAUAGGGAUUAUGGCCUCAAAGUAGUGUUGAUGGGCUCUGGCAAGGAUGUGAAACAUAUAUCCAUUCUGUUGGAGAGUGGAAAGUAUGUACUUCUUACCAAGAGCGGCCAGGGUCAACCCUGGCAAGACAUAACUCAAAAUAAACAUAAUUUCACCGGGGUAAGGCUGUUCUCUUUGGAGGACGGUACAUCCCAAUAUCAUGAACUCACUAGGGCGGACUAUGAUCCGAUAGUAUUUGAGUGUAGAUAUGGUUUUGAGUUCAAGAAUGAUGUCAGGUGUGUAAUGAUCAUUGAUAAGGAUAUGUUACUUUGGAACCACACUGAAGACACUGAGUUUGGGUAUCCUAAGGGCCUCUAUCUCGAUCUCCGUAAAAACUCAUUCAGUGUCACAAAUCUUAAAGAUCAGUCAAAGGAAGUAACUCCCACAAAAAUGAGUGUCGCAAUUCCUGUUAGAACACCUGUAGUGGAGACUUCCGUCGAGGAAACGCCUCUUUCGACUACAUAUACUAGUCUUGUUACUCUUGAUAUCUAUAAUACUCAGUCUACGAGUGAGUUUGAGUAUUCUAAAAGUGGUGGUAGUCUUAUAUUCAUACCGAUGCCUGACCAUGCUUUUAGUAAGGUUACUCAGGGUACUACUGUUAUCUGGGAUUCAAAAGGUGGCAUUUCUGGAACGUUAGUCACUACUAAGACUAGUGGUGAAAAAUUCCUUGUAAUCCUACUUAGUAACAAUUCGUUCAAAUUAUUCCAUGAGUUGUCUGGCAAAUGGUCUGACAUCACCAGUCAGAGGCAUGACGUUACUAAACUCAGGUUCUAUGGUGACAAUGACACAGUUAUAAAUCCUAGUGACUACACAGUUACGAUAAUUCGUUACUCCUUCGGAUUCAAAUUCAAUGAUGGAGUUAUCUGUAGGAAGAUCAAACUUGGAGAAGACGAUUUAUGGAAACAUACUGAUGAUCCUGAGUGUUCAACAAUCAAGAACUUAUACCUCGGCCUUCUUUCCAACAAUUUCUUUGCCGUUAAUAACCAGUCUGAAUUUAAGAAACUGGAAUUUAAACCAUCUGUUACCCCAGCCAAGAUAACUGCUGUAUCACCACCUGAAAUUAAAGCUCCAGCGGCAGCCCCUACCAAACCAACCCCCAAGGUUACUAAGGUCGCUCUCGAUAUUGAGAAGAAACAGACGACCAGUGAGAUUGAUUACAAGGACGAGAAUGGAGUCGUCACAUACGCUUCGAAAUCUGGAUGUAUGUUCAACAAAAUUUUACAGGGUACUGGUGUCAUUUGGGAAUCCAAAAGUAAUGUGUUUGGAGUGUUGGUGAGGACUAAGAUUUCCAAGGGUUUGAAAUAUCUGGUAGUUUUACAGAGUAACAAUUUAUUCACAUUGUUCCGUUACUCUGAUGAGAAUUGGACUGAUAUCACUUCUGAAAGGCAUGACGUGACUAAGCUAAAAUUCCUGGGUGAUGGUGACGCUCCGUUGAAGACGACAGACUACGAUAUAACUAUAGUCGAUAUGUCAUUUUGUCACACAUUCAAUACCGGAGUCAAUUGUAAGAAAGUAAAACUGAGUGAAGAUGUUGUUUAUAACUAUGAUGAUCAUACGGAUUUUGGAGAGAUAUCGGUAUUUUCACUGGGUCUUGCAUCAAACAAUUUCUUUAUUAAGAACGACUCUGGAGAUGUAAAGAAGAUAGAAAAGAAGGCUGAAGAAGAGGCUGAAGAACCUACCGGGACUAGGCCCACUCCUAUUCGUAAAGCUGUGCCUCCUGACAAGUCAAUUGCUCUCGAUAUUGAGGGGAACAAGGGUACAGAUCAGUUUGAUUUCACUGAGGCCAAUUAUAUUAAGACUUUCAAUGGGAAGGAUGACUGUGUGUUUGAAAAGGUAUCUGAGAAACAAACUGUGAUUUGGGAGUCGGAUGGUGUGUCUGGUACUAUGGUCAGGACCAAAUUAUUCAGUAAUAAGGAUCGAUUUUUGGUCAUAUUACUGGAGGAUGAGACUUUCGCAGUGUUCAAAAAACCCUCGGGUGGAUCAUGGAGUGACGUUACCUGUGAAAAGUGUGAUGUUAAGAAACUGAGGUUCUACGGUGAGAGUGAUCGGGAGAUCAAAAGGAGUGAGUACAAUAUCACCCUGUCUGAUCUUUCAUUUAGUCACAUGUUCAAUACGGGAGUUAGGUGUGAGAUGGUAAAGUUGGGAGAUGAAGUGGUAUGGAGAUGUACAGAUGAUAAGAAGUUCGAGGACAUAAUAACAUUCUCGCUGGGACUUGUAUCGAAUAGGUUUUUUGUAAAAAACCAGAAUGGAGAACUAAAGAAACUAGAACCCAAAGCAGAACCUGUAGUAACUAAGCCUGCUGAACCUGUUACCAAGCCUGUAGAACUAGUAGUCAGAGCUUCUGCUCCUGUUGUGGAACCUGUUGUGUCUGGUCAAGUAACCAGUGUGUUCCAUAGGCAUCUGAGGUUGUGUACCUGUGAUCCUGUUGAUCCUAGUAAGUCUAUUCCUAUGGAGUGUGAGGUUCUUGAGUAUCCGAAUCGUGACUGUCUGUUAUAUUUGUUAGGUAGUGAGUGUUCUCAAUUGUUGUUUGAUGGUAUGUGUGUGUGGAGUUAUGUGUCUGGUCCAUAUCCUACAUCUUUAUACUUUAAGUCUUCUGAUUCUCUUCUAUAUCUCAACUUUGAUCCAUACUAUUAUUUAUAUAACAUUACCUACAUUCUUAUUAACUAUUGGCAAACUAUUCCGGUCCUCAGUACACAUAUAAUAAAUAAAUUAUAUUGA